AUGAACACUGGACCAAUAACCAACCCUUCUAUUCAUAUAAAACCAUCAAAGUCACUCUGUGACUUCAUAAGCACUUUGAAAGUGUCUCCCGAUAUUCCAUUAGGUGUAGCUAACAUUCUUUACAAAAACAAAGUGAAGCAAGAUUCGAAUAGUAAACCAGCAGAUUUUAAAUAUUUGUUAACUGGAGAAGAUCGCCAGUUUAUAAAAUCGCUAAAACUCAAUUCUAAAAUUGACAUUACAAAGUUGCCUUUAUCCGAAGAAGCAAUAAUUCACAAGAAUGAUAAGCUCUUGAAUUUGCAAGAUCUGCAUUGGUUGUACGAUUACAUCCAAAAAGAAAAUGAGGGUAAAGCAGACAAGAAAUACCUUCACAUACUUCUUGAAGGUUCAGAGAUUAUUUUGCCCAAAAACAGUGAAAUACCACGCAAUGCAGAACUAGAAAAACGUUGUGAACGAUUGAGAGCCUCACAGCAAAAUAAAGCUUACAACAACAUGACAAAAAACGUUGAUAAUGUGAGGCGAAAGCAUCCAGAAGACACAAUUUCGUACCAAAUGAAACAAAUGAAUCGCCACUUGAUUGCUAUUGGUCAGUUCAUUAUCUCAGUCCUUGCUGGAUUUGCGUUUGGAUUCAUUGGGUUGGAAUUGCUGCUAGGAAGUCUGGAUUUUGGAUUUAGACUGCUUUUAGGGAUUAUUUGUGCGUUAACUAUAGCACUCGCCGAAUUGUACUUCUUAGCUAAGAAACUUAACGAAGAUUUGAAGUUUGAAACCGUCGCUGAAGCUAAGAAAAAAGGGACGAAACUGGAUUAAGGGAUAUUGUGAUACACGUACCUACUGUUUGAGUUAUUCUUUUGUUCAAUAAAUUUCAAUUUAAACUA